AUGCACAAGACAUCCGCUUUGGGCCGGGUGCUCGAGCUGUUGGUGGUUGCAGCCUUGGCAGCCACUGCUGACGAUGCGGAAGCUGAAAGUGCGCGCUGCGCGGAGGUUGCUUUCAUCCAGUCUGCCCGAUCUCUCUUCCACAACCUCGAGUUGGCAGAGCAAAAAGCUCGCUUCCAGAGCUUCAUGACUAUGUUGUCGACAGCAAGCACAUCAAGCCUCAAGGAGCUGAAGUGGCAGGUACUUCGGACCUUUCCCGCAGUGGAGGUCCAAGCAAACCCUGCCUGCAGCAACAUUGGGGGGAGAUUUCCAACCCUGGUCUCACGCAACCAGUCUCUGCUGGAUGCAUAUGCCACGUAUGCUUGCGGGGAUGCCGCGGACUACUUCGUGACGGACCCAGCCAGAAGCCUGAGCGCAGAACUGGCACCUCUGGAGGGUGGAUGCAUCAAUUUGCAUAAUCGAUGGAGCACGAUCAGGGCGACGUUCGCCUCGAACGAGAGCCAUGGUGAGUACCUGCACAGGGACUGCCCGGAGAGCUGCUUGCAGGAGGAGUUCUGGCACCAGCUGCCAACGCAAGUCGUAGACCAUGACCUGCUCGUGCUCCCAAGCAUCCCCGGGCCACCCGGGAUGGGGUACCAGCACUCGCUCAUCGACUUCCUACCGCAGGCUUGGACAGUGCUCGACCUGCUGUGGAACUCGUCCACGAAGCUGGUGGUUCACUCCUCGCUUCCGAGCCAUCUGCUGGCCAGCCUGGGUUUUCCCACAGAAAGGAUCCUGGAAGUUCCUCCUCUGACAGAUGAACAGCCCGCAAUGCUGCUGUGCGCGAAGAAGGGCCGGACCAUGCAUUUGUGGCGAGCCGGCGGUGGCUCCCGAGCGCUGCCGAGCCAUCCGUACCAGGACAGUCGGGUCGAUGGAGACCUCUGGCACCGGCUCAUCGAUAUCCAGGUGGGCCCGGAAAUCUCAGACGCCAUCGCGCAGUACAAUGGCUUCGUGGAGGAGCCUUUCGCACCGCGCUUGGUGGUGUUCCUGCAGCGCUGCACGGACCGCCGGACCCUCGAGAACGAGCAGGCGGCGCUGGAGGCCAUCAGCCGUGCCCUGGUCAAGUCAAAUCGGCCGGAGGAGCUGCUGUCAAUGUGCGCAGGCCGCGAAGACUUUUUGGAGCAGGUCCAGAAGGUUCGACGGGCACGGCUCAUCGUCGGCGCGCAUGGAGGGGCGAUGGCCAACAUGGUCCUGGCACGGCCCGACACAGGCGUCAUCGAGCUGGUAGGAGAUGCUGCAGCCCAGAAAGGCUUGGAAGGACUCUGGCCACCCUACAAAAGCAACUUCUACGGUGGACUUGGGGCCGCCUUUCCCUUCUACCGAGUGGUCCUCUAUGAGGCCGACCCGCACGGCAAGCUCUGGAUACGCCUGGAUGACUUGCAGACGGCUGUCACCGAGUUCCUGGACCGACUCUAG